AUGGGUGGGAGGUGCGGAGGAGGGCGGGAGGCAGUGGGUUUGGGGUGUAUCGGAAAUUUGGGUUUUACGGAAAAAAAUCGGGCGUUUAAGCGGGAAGAUGUUGUGAACGGAUUGUUUGAAGUGAUUUUGUGUGUGAUUGUAGGGGUAGGAGUGCAAAGAAGCUCGAGGUCUUGGUACUCAACUACAUCAUUUAAUAGUGCCAAUAAAGGGGGGAAUAAUGAUGGAGGGGAAGAGGAGUUUGAUGACUUGCUUGCUGAUAAGCGCGAGUCACGGUUCCAAGGGGUGGAUCCUAGAAAAGGAUGGGAAUUUCGCGGUGUGCACAGGGCUAUUAUUUUUGGAAAAGUUGGACAACCCCCUGUGCAGAAGAUCAUGCGAAAUGGGAACACUGUAACCGUCUUUACUGUUGGAACAGGGGGCAUGUUUGAUCAAAGAAUUAUAGGAUCACAAGGCUUGCCGAAACCUGCUCAGUGGCAUCGAAUUGCUGUGCAUAAUAAUAUACUUGGGAAUUAUGCUGUUCAGCAGCUUGCCAAAAACUCUUCAGUUUAUGUUGAGGGAGACAUUGAAGUUAGAGUUUACAACGACAGCUUCAGUGGUGAAGUUAAGAAUGUACCUGAGAUUAGUGUUCGUCGUGAUGGAAAGAUUCGCCUUCUAAGGAGUGGAGAAAACAUCAGUAAUAUUUCCUUUGAGGGUCUUGGGGUAGGAGUGCAAAGAAGCUCGAGGGGGAAGAAUGAUGGAGUGGAAGAGGAGUUUGAUGACUUGCUUGCUGAUAAGCGCGAGUCACGGUUCCAAGGGGUGGAUCCUAGAAAAGGAUGGCCAUUUCGCGGUGUGCACAGGGCUAUUAUUUGUGGAAAAGUUGGACAAGCCCCUGUGCAGAAGAUCUUGCGAAAUGGGAGGACUGUAACCAUCUUUACUGUUGGAACAGGGGGCAUGUUUGACCAAAGAAUUUUAGGAUCAAAAGACAUGCCGAAACCCGCUCAGUGGCAUCGAAUUGCUGUGCAUAAUGAUCCACUUGGGGCUUAUGCUGUUCAACAACUUGCCAAUAACUCUUCCGUUUAUGUCGAGGGAAACAUUGAAAUUAGAGUUUACACUGACAGCAUCAGUGGUGAAGUUAAGAACAUACCAGAGAUUAGUGUUCGUCAUGAUGGAAAGAUUCGCCUUGUAAGGAAUGGAGAAAAGAUCAGUAAAAUUUCCUUUGACGACCUUCGAGAUACAAUCAGUCUUACUUUACAUUCAUCUUUGAGUGAUGAAUUAUCUCAAUAG